GGAGGCGGAAAAAAAAAGAAAAGAAAAAGAAGAUGAUCGUCUGUGUUGUGCGGAGCGAGAGAGAAUGGUGGAAGUUGUCUAGGAGGACUUUGCCUUGCAGGAAUGCAGCAAAUGUCAACUUGUGACAUGUUUGGACUCAACUUAACUGUGGACUAAAACUACCAAACACAUCCUGAGGAACAGCCUGCUGACCCCCUGCUGGUUCCCUUGACCACAGUCUAAGAUGAUAGACCCUCAGAUUCACUUGCAUUACAACUACACGGGGAAGUUGGCCCACCGGCCCACCGUAGGCAACAGCUCGGGCAACCUUGGCACCAAAACUCUCCUCUUCCUGGCCGCGUGCACCUUCAUCGUUCUGGAGAACCUGACGGUGCUGGUGGCCAUCUGGAGGAACCACCGCUUUCACAACCGCAUGUACUUCUUCAUCGGGAACCUGGCGCUAUGCGACAUGCUGGCCGGGGUGGCCUACCUGGUCAACCUGCUCCUGUCCGGCGACAGGACGCUCUACUUAUCGCCCGUCAUGUGGUUUGUCCGAGAGGGCAGUAUGUUUGUAGCAUUGGGUGCCUCCAUCUUCAGCCUUCUGGCCAUCGCCAUCGAGCGCCACCUGACCAUGAUCAAGAUGAGGCCCUACGACGCCAGCAAGAACUACAGGGUCUUCCUCCUCAUCGGCACCUGCUGGUUGAUCGCCAUCUCUUUCGGAGUUUUGCCCAUCCUGGGAUGGAACUGCUUAGACAAUCUCCCUGACUGCUCUACGGUCCUCCCCCUGUACUCCAAGAAGUACGUGGCCUUCUGCAUCACCAUCUUCAUGGUCCUGUUGCUCGCCAUGUCGGUGCUCUACGCCCGCAUCUACAUCCUGGUCAAAUCCAGCAGCCGCAAGGUGAGCAAGAACAGCAACUCGGAGCACGCCAUGUCCCUGCUGCGCACAGUCAUCAUUGUAGUGGGCGUCUUCAUCGCCUGCUGGACGCCCAUCUUCGUGCUGCUCCUGGUGGACGUGGCAUGCGAUCAGCGCCACCGCUGCUCGAUCCUUUACAAGGCCGACUGGUUCAUCGCGGUGGCCGUGCUCAACUCGGCCUUAAACCCUGUCAUAUACACUCUGGCCAGUCGGGAGAUGAGGCGGGCCUUCCUGGGAUUGGCGUGUUGUAUUUGCUACCGGGGGAAAACAUCGGCGCCGGGCAGCGGGAACAGGCAGUGUCUGGAGCCCAGUCGCAGCAGGAGCAAGUCCUUCAGCAGUCAGAACAACCAGAACCAGCAGGGAUCCCGGCAGGCGGGGUCAGAAAAGGAGGCGGACUCUGGACAAGUUGGGAAGGUGGCGGUGGAUGCAGGACCUAGUGGCGCUCAUGCUGAAGGAUUCGUCCAGAAUGACGUAAAUGGAGUAAGAAUCGAGUCGAGGAUGGUCGAGGAUUGACUUCUGGCAAAGACUUGUCAAAAUAAGAUGGACUCCUGUUGAGAACAGGUUGGGUUCUGAGGACAGACUUUGAUUUAGCAUUUGCACUGCACGCAUCAAUUCUGAUUGUUGUUCUCCCAUGUAGCCAGGGGUGAACACCCAUUAAUAGGACUGGAGUACAUAGGAUUCCAUCCAGCCAUGGACCUACCUGGUCACAGAGCACAUACGAACAAUCCACUCCUACAGUCAGGGUAGAAACUGAACUCCAGUCUAAAGUCAGCCAAGUGAACCACUAUACUAUCUGCGACCUCACUUGCAAGGUGUAAAUAUGCACCGGCUCCCAAAACAAAACAACACAAAGAACCUAAAGAUUAAAUCGAAAAAACAAUGACUGCCGUUUGUUUACUUCUACACCUGAAUCAGCCAGCGGUGUAAAUCAUCUCUAGAUAAAUAUUAUGAUGUAGUACGACUGUGACAAUCGCCAUUAUUUAUUAUUCCUCGCUAUAUGCACUAAUUCUGCAUGAUAAACAAUCGUCACCUACUCCCACAUUCCAACGGCUUGUCUCACCAUUUUGGAACAGAGCUGCACAAUGGAAGCUGCCUGUGUUGCUUGUGGCGUAAAGGCCCCACCUUGUGGUUAGGUUCAAGAACUCCAGCUCAUCCAAAAGUGCACAUUCUGUGUAGAAACAUUGUACAAAAUGAACUUUCUAAUUGAAUAACUGAAAUGAGAGCAUGAUCAGAGUCUUGAACAGGUAUUUAGUUAUUAAGAGAUGCUGCAUGUUUAAAUGUAAUCAGUUGCAAUUACCUCAUUAGGCCAGCAGAGGUCGCCAUUUAUUCCUGUGACGUAUGCGUCGCCUCUUCAUGUCUGAAAAAUACACGAGACACGUUACAUUACAUACCACAUUUUUGCAAUAAAAGCUAACUAGAACCGCAAUACUGCAUUGAUGAACAACAUUUCUACACAUCCACGGUUUUAUUGCCAACAGUCAUACAGAAAAAUGUUAAAUCCAUACAACCAAAAGAUCGUUACUUGUUCCAGCUCUCGCUUUACGCUUUUUUCCCCCCUCCAAAAAAUAGUGACUUCUUGUGCGAUCGAUUCUAUGUGACAAAGUUGUAUAUUGUGUGGAAAAAUAUCACAUUGACCCCACAUGGAUAUAAUAAUAAUAAUAAUAUUAAGAGAGGGGAAGGUUGUUGUCGAGCAGCAACACGCAACAGGGCCAAAAACACAAACAAGCUCCACCAGUGGAGAACAGGCAUGCUCCAUUGAACAUCACCUAUUGCACUUUGAAGAAGAAAUGAAAAACAUCCAUAGUUUUUGUUGUUGUUUUUUUUACAAAGAAAAGGCACAUUUUCAUCACCGGAAACCCCAGACAACAAGCCAUGUUCUUGGAUAGGAAUGGGAUUUUAAACUGAUUUCUACUAUUUCCAAUAUGAUGUGAUUAAAUUUCAGCAUGUAGAAAUCCACAUUAUUUGCAUCCCCUUUCUUGUUAGUGAAUUAGUUGUCUUUUUUUUAAAAAUGUAUUGUUGUCUUAGUUUAAAAACCUUCUGGAAUAGUGUUGCAAAAUUAAGAAUUAUCUGAAUAAAAUUAAAAGUAAAAAAAAAAAUCUGCCAAUUUAGUUGAAUUUCUACCUUGCACUAUGGAAUAUUUUUUCAAAUCAAAUCUCAUUAAUAAUAGUAUGAGAAAAGGUUCCCCAUAAAGCCAUGGAUUGUUUCCCUGCUGAAUGUUUAU